AUGUUGAAACUAUUGGAGGUCCUAUUUUUGAACUCAGAGAAGAUUCCAUUCUUGUACUUCAUCCUCUCACUUUUUGUUAUAAGCAUAGCUUGCGUGGCCCAAAACAAUACUUUUUAUGAUCCUUUACCUGAUAACGAUCGCACAUUUACUAAUCGCGCUGGUAUUGGCAGAUUAGUUGCUAGCAGUAUAAUACUGAUAAUAUGGUCAUUACUUUUAAUUACGUGUCAAGAUUCGAUAGAGCUUCAACGCAACAUACUUUGGCUUGUUGCAUGGAUUUAUGCAACUGCAUUAGCACUUGCCCUUAUUCUAAUUCCACAACAAUGCCCAAUUUUCAUUCAAUAUUGCUUGAGAUUUAGUACAAAUAUCAAUGCAAAAUAUUUCAUGGUGUUUCUAGUUGUUGGUCUUUUACACUUUUUGAUACUGAUAUUAGAGCCUAUUUAUAGUGAGGAUCGAAAUUCAAUUCCUGAAGUGAAUAUCUAUCCUAGUAAUUGGAUAUUUUCAUGGGUUAUUCCAUUUAUAAUUACGGGCUAUAAACGCACUCUUACACCUAAAGACGUUCCUGAAUUGCCAAAUUCCCAUAGAGCUGAAAAUGUUAUGAAUGCUUAUAACAAGAAUCGAAACACUUCGCUCCUAAUAUCAUUUUUCUUCUCCUUUCGAAAACACCUGUUUAUUCAAUUCCUUUGCGCCUUGGCUUGGAUUAUUUGUGAUUUUUCAAUUAUACCAUCACUUUUUAAAGAAUUAUUGAGUUUUAUCGAAGACUAUUCAAAUGAUAAUGAAUCUCAAUUGUUUGCUUGCUUAUAUAUUUAUGCAUUGCUUCUUAUUAAAGUAUUGUCAAAGUUACUUUUGCAACGAGCACAAUAUAUUGGUCGACAGACAGCCAAUAGAUGUCAGACAAUCAUUACCAUUGAAGUUUAUGGGAAAAUGAUGGAUUUGACGGAUGGAGAAGAAAAGGGAAAGAUUACUGAUCUUAUGAGCAUUGAUGCACAAAAAGUUUCAUCAAUGAUUGUAAAUUUUUUGUAUUUAUAUUCUAGUCCUAUACAAAUCUGUGUAUCUAUUUAUUCCUUGUAUAGUCUACUGGAUGUAUCAUCGAUUUUUGUAAUAAUUAUCAUGUCUUUAUUAGCUUUUUUACUUAUUAUUUGGAUUACACAGAGAUAUAAAACUGCUCAUGAACACCUCAUGAAGGCAACUGAUAAACGUAUAGAGCUACUACAAUCUAUUCUAAACGUCAAACUACUUGUGAGAGAUAGAUAUUUUCGUAAAAGCAUUAGAGAAGCUCGCGAAUCCGAGUUAAAUAAGCUCGAAGAUCGUUUUAAAAAAUCUCUAUAUAUGGAGUUAUUAUUGUUCAUUCUGCCUUUCCUUGUGAUUUUACCUGCACUCUGUUGGUUUCCAUCCAAAAAUAAAUUGUCUGCCUCUAUUGCCUUUACGGCUUUUGUUAUAUGUUACAAUCUUCAUAAGGCUUUUAAAAAUUUACCAUAUCAGAUUAUUUGCUUUACCCAAGCACAUGUUUCAAUUUCUCGAGUUGAAAAGUUUCUCAAUGAAUCCGAAAUUGUUCAAAUUUACUCUUCUAGAAGCGAUGGAAGCAUCGGGUUUAAAAAAGCUACUUUACAAUGGCCAAAUAAUUCAAAUAACUUCAUAUUGAAAGGGCUGGACGUCAUUUUUCCUCCUGGAAAGCUAUCACUAAUCCACGGUCCGACAGGUUGUGGAAAGUCUGCCUUAUUGAGGGCACUUUUGGGAGAAAUGAAAUGUCUUAAAGGUUCUGUACAUUUCCCAAAUGAAAUUGAUAUUGCAUACGUUUCCCAAACUGUAUGGCUUCAAAAUGGAACUAUUAAAGAUAAUAUUUUAUUUGGGUCAGAUUUCAUUGCUAAAAAAUAUUUUGAAGUUAAACGUAUAUGCGACCUUACAUUUGAUGAUGAAACAGAAAUUGGAGAAAGAGGAAAUACACUAAGCGUUGGCCAGAAACAACGAAUCGCUUUAGCUAGAACUAUUUAUUCAGACCAUAAUAUCAUUAUUUUGGACAAUUGUUUAUCUGCUGUUGAUUCACGCACCGAAAAACAUAUUUAUGAACAAUGCUUAAUGAGUGACUUGAUGAAAAACAAGACCCGAAUCCUUGUUACGCAUCACAAAAAGUUUUAUGGUGUUGCUUUAAAAAUUUUUAUGAAAGAUGGCAUGAUAAUAAAAAAAAAAUACUUAUAUUUAAAUUCAGAAGAAUUGCAACAUGAUUUCAAAGAGUUCGAACAUGAAGAGUUGCCUGUUAUUAAGAACUCUGACAAACUGAUUAAGGAAGAAGCAAAGGCUAAUGGCUGGGUUAAAUUGAAUGUCUAUAUGACCUAUUUAAACGCUUCUAGCGAAUUUUUUUGGAUAUUAAUAGCUAUUUUGUUUAUGUAUACACGGUCCAUUCAAACAUAUCAAGUUUUGUUGAUUAGUGAAUGGACCAAAGUUCAUGAUAAUGACAAUCGCAUUUUUGAUCAUCUCAUGGAUUAUGCGUCUUUAGGAGUUUUAGAAAUUAUUUCAAUAAUCAUUAGAUCAUUUUUAGUAAUGUGUUGCACUUUAAGUAUUUCCAGGAAAUUGCAUAAUGAUUUGUUAAUCAGAAUUUUAUAUACUACGAUUGGAUUUUUCGAUACAACACCGAUAGGGAGAAUUAUGAAUAGGUUUUCCAAGGACAUGGAAUUAAUAGAUCAAAUAUUACCUCUCAACAUCGAAUCUCUUAUAAACUCAUGCAUUUCUGUAAUACUUGCAUUUAUUGUCAUUUCUAUUCAGGGGCUUAUGUAUUUGGCAAUAUGCAUUAUCAUUACAGCAACAUACAUGAUAAUUGGAAUUCGUUAUAUUUCUAUAUCGAGAGAAUUAAGACGUCUAGAAUCAGUUAAUAGAUCUCCAAUGUAUGCUGCAUUUGAUAAUGUAAUUAUUUAUUUUAAUCUUUACAAUGAGUGUAAAUAUUUAGAUCCUUUUACUGAUACUUAUUCAUUUGAAAAGACCAUUGAAGGUAGAUCUAUCAUACGAGCAUUUGAUGCCAAAGAAAGAUUUAAUAAAAGCCUAUGGGACUUUAUGGAUUGUUAUAAUCGAUCAAUUUUAAUGAAUUGGGCAUGCAAUCAAUGGAUGCAUGUUUAUUCCAAUUUUAUAGGAGGUCUAUUUAUGCUUAUUAUUGGGGCUCUUACUAUUGAUGACCUUUCUAAGGGAAUGGACCCUGCUUUUGCUGGAUUUAUAUUUAUAAAUUUUAUAAAAUUUAUUAAUCAUAUUAAUCAUAUUAUUAAUGCAUUUACUGCAGUAGAAAUGAACAUGAAUUCAGGCAAAAUCAAUGAAUAUUUGACAUUAGAGGAGGAAGAUUCGAAUAUAAAUGAGAGUCCUGCAGAAUGGCCUGCAAAAGGUGAAAUUGAAGUAAAAAAUCUUAAGAUGCAGUACUUUAAUGAUGGUCCUUCUGUAUUAAGUAGCAUUUCAUUUUGUGUUUCUGCUGGUGAAAAAAUUGGAAUUGUUGGUAAAACUGGAUCUGGAAAGUCCACGCUAGUUAAAUCUCUUUUCAGAAUUGUAAACCCGACUGAUGGUCAAAUAAUAAUAGAUGGUGUUGAUAUUUCAACUAUUAACUUGUAUUAUUUAAGAAAGAAAAUCGCAAUAAUACCUCAGAAUCCAGCACUAUUUAAUGGGACCUUAAAAAGUAAUAUUGACUUUUCUGGCCUGCGUUCUGAUGAUGAAUUAUGGGAUGUGCUUCGAAAAGCCCAUUUAAUUGAAGAGUGCACUUUCAAUAACCAAGAGAAUGACAUGAAAAUUGAACAAUUAUCAUUGGAUACUAUUAUCAAAGAUAGAGGCAAUUCCGGAUGUGUCGUAAAUUUUGAUCAUCCAUAUAAGCUAUUACAAAAUCAAAAACCUCUACUUAGAAAAAUGUUUCAAAAUGAAGAGUUUGAGGAUUUAUUUGCUGUUGCAAAAUUAAAUUAUGAAGAAAGGCUGCUAAAUAUAGUUUAA